CAGGAAAGCACCGGGAAAUCCACACUGUUGGAACGGCUCACGGGACUUCCCAUCUUCCCACGGAACGCUGAUCUCUGCACCCGGUCCCUGAUCAAAGUCCGACUGCGCCGUGGUGACAUGCGGAAGUUGAAGCUCCUGGUGCAGGACAUGCAGUCGCAACAGGAUGAGCCCAGCGCCUUUGGAGGCGACGGACUGGAGCUAGAGGAGCUUGGUGAUGCGGUGAUGAAAGAGAUGACAAGACAGGUGCGGCUCGAAGCCUUAAGGCAAGAGCAGAACGGAAAGAGCGAAGAAUUCUAUGCGAAAAACGUCCGCACUGAACCAUUGGAACCCUCCGAUGGCCUCUGCACCAAGAAACUACUCGUGGUAGAGCUGAACUCUCCAAAGGCGCCCAACUUGGACGUGGUGGACUGCCCGGGCCUGGUGGCCGCUGCGGCCAAGGGCCGCCCCGAGAACGUGGCGGCGCAGACGGCGCAGCUGGUGAGGAGCUACGCCAAGAAACAUCGCUCCUCCGCCCUCUUUGUGG